UAAGCCGAUCAGGAUGGAUGCUGUGAGAGGACAUCUGGAGAGAUUGGUGGAGGUAUUGAAGCCACAGAUGGAAUUUUUAAACUGCCAUAUGGUGGACUACUUAGUGAAAGACCAUUGGAAGACGCACAUUCCGGCGAAUGUAAGGAAAGAGUUGAAUGGAAUGUCCGAUUUGUUGGAAGCCAAAGAAGUUUUUUGGAAUCAAUUCGACGUUAAGUAUGAGAAUGCCGGCAAGUAUCCUUCCCUUGUCGAGCAUAUAGAAAAGAUGAAAGCGUACAAACUGGAUAGAUUGACAGACGUAACAAUGUCGGUAGACCAAUUACGAACGGCUUUCGAUUCCAGCUUGAAAGAGACCCGCCUGCAGAUGCCCGAGCUGAUGAGUGUCAAGAAACGCCACGAGGUGGAAAUCGCUUCGGCAGUUGUGGCUUCGCUUUGUACGGUGCUGGCUGCGAAGAACUCCGACAAUGAUCUCGACCAGGUAGCUGUCAUCGAUGCGGGGGACGGAAAAGGGUACCUUUCGUCGAGAGUGGCUUUGGAACACGGUAUCAAAGUGCUUGGGAUCGAUUCCAACGAGGGACACACCGUUAGUGCGGAGAAACGCAGGGAUAAGCUGAAGAACAAGGUGCGAAAAGCAGUCAAAAAAUCGGAACUGGCCAACGAAGAAUACUUCAAUGAUUUGUUGGAAAUCGGUCCAAGCGUGGAGCCUAAUUACAAAACGACUACGAAGCUCAUCGAUUUCGACACGAAUCUAAUUGAAAUGGUUAAGGAACAAUUCCCGGACUCCAAUGCAACCCAGUUUUGUUUGGCGGGGCUUCACACGUGCGGCAAUUUAGGCCCGAACUGUUUGAGGCUGUUCCAUCAAAAUCCACACAUCAAAGCGCUGUGCAAUGUGGGCUGCUGCUAUCAUCUGCUGAUUGAGGAAUUUGUCGUGGACCCGUUCUACAAUCGCGACAAGGUGAAGGACAACCCCGGAGUGGGAUUUCCUAUGAGUGAAUUCCUGCGGGCGAAAGGUUUCUAUUUGGGCCGAAAUGCUAGAAACUUGGCUGCUGAAUCGAUCGAGCGAUCGGCUUUCAAUCGCGAGAAUCCAAACGACAAGUUGGGCUACCGAGCAAUGCUGGAAAUUGUGUUGCUGCAACUGGAAGCGGACGUCAGCAAACAAGUUGGUAAGUUGAAAUGUUCGGAUUUUGUAGAUUAUGCUAGGAAAGCGCUACGUCGGCUAGACGUAGAUGGCUCAGGGAUUUCGGAGGAGUUUUUAAAAGAUUUGGAAAGUAAAUUUCAUGUAGAGCUUGAGCAAUUGAAAGUAUUUUAUCUCUAUCGAAUGACUUACGCCCCCAUCCUGGAGGGGGUAAUUCUGUUGGAUCGUCUUCUAUUUCUCAAAGAAUCCGGAUACGAAAAUAGUUUCUUGGUGAAGUUAUUCGAUCCGGUCGUAUCACCGCGUUGUUACUCUAUUUUAGCGUUCAAAUAAAUUUUAUAUAUGAAGAGAGAA